AUGGUGGUUGUUUUGCCUUCAGAUAAAACCACUGCACAGAAACCUCCUAUCAAAGCUCUCUUUCAAAGUGGAAAGCUGACUUCUGAAGAAAAUGAGAUUUUCUUUUCAUCUUCCAAUGCUGCUACUGAGCUAGAUGAAGCUCCAGGAAACAUUCCAAUUGUCAAUCCAACAACACCAACACCAACUACUCCGAUUGUAAACCCAGGAAACCCCCCCCAACCACCAGCCAUGCCCGGACCAAUAACAAAUCCUACCCCAGCAAGCCCACAACCACCAACCAUGACCGGACCACAACCACCAGCCAUGACCGGACCAAUAACAAAUCCUAACCCAGGAAGCCCAUCACCACCCGCCAUGACAGGACCAACUACAAAUCCUACACCAAACACUAACGCUCCUGCAUCAGCAGGGGGAGCUUGGUGUAUUGCCAACCCUUCUGCUUCGCCAACUGCAUUACAGGUGGCUCUGGACUAUGCUUGUGGCUAUGGCGGUGCGGACUGUUCACCAAUUCAACCAGGUGCCAGUUGCUAUGACCCAGACACGGUCAAAGAUCAUGCUUCUUAUGCUUUCAAUGACUACUAUCAGAAGAAUCCAGCUCCAACCAGCUGUGUUUUUGGAGGAGCAGCUCAGCUUGCUUACACUGACCCAAGUUACGGGAACUGUCACUUUGCAUCAACAUCUACCAAAACACCAACAGCGCCACCAACACCCAUGACUCCCACUACACCACCCAGCACAACUACACCUGUGAAUCCUUACACUCCUCCUGGAUCAAGUGGUUUUGGUUCUGAACCAACAGAGUAUGGUUCUGAACCAACGGGUACCCCCAGCUCUGCGGAGAUGGUAGCAUACAAACAGCUGCAGCUCUUAAUCAUGACAUGUCUCACUCUAUCGUUUUCUGCAGCAAUUUACCUUUGAACAACUGCAGUCGUAAUCAGUUAAUGUCUCAACAUUGACAAGGCUAUUCACUUGGCCGCCUCCAGACUUCACAAAUAUGCAUGGCGGCCUGGGAAUUUUCAUGGCUUAAUCAUUUCAAGACCCUCAUUUAGGUCAAUGUUAUGCUUCAACUUAUGUAUGCCUUUUAGUUCAAGGGCAAACAGGCAGAUAGCAAGUAGAGGACCUAGUGGUUCUUUAUACCUUCACAUCAGAAGUAAAUAAAUAUCUUAGAUAAGAGGAUCUAGUUCUAGGAUUAUAUUAGUGAAGCAUCAUGUACAAUGUCCAAUCACUAACCAAAUUCCAGAAGAGUAAUAAACUAUUCUUCCCACUAUGUACAUCAGCAUUAUCCCACCUACCAUACAUGCUAAGGGUAUCUGCUGCAAUACU